AUGGACCAAAAUGGAGAAAAUAUUCCGACACCGGAGAUUCUUUUUAGCUUUCAACGGCUACUAUGUGGAGACGACUGGCAUCGGUGGGAUACUUUUCCGACCGUUGAUGCUAAUGCCAACUCACCGGAUCCAACGGUUGAGAUGACCCAUGAUGGUUCGAUAAUAGUGUCUGAUCCACGUCUAAUGACACUCACAACGGAAGAAGUUCUCGAGCAGUGGUUACAUACACUGACCAAUCAACAAUCUGAAACAUCAUCGUUAUCACAAGAAGAAGAAGAUAUAGGGUAUUCUCAUGAAGAAACCUUCACGUACGAGGAGCUAUUGGAAAUCACAGAACAGAUAGGAGAUGUUUGCACUGGUUUAAAGAUCGAAAUCAUUGAUGAAAAUCUAAGCGUAAGAAAAUAUGAAGAUUGUUGUGGUCAAACGGAGAAAUGUGUGAUUUGCUUGUACGACUUAAAGUACAAUGAAGAAGCUUCUAAACUCGGAUGUGGUCAUGACUUUCACUUCGAGUGCAUCAAGAAAUGGCUAAUGGUCAAGAACAUGUGUCCUCUUUGUAAGCAAGAAGUUGUUGUUUAA